AUGCUUUUCACCGCUUCAUCGUCGUCCUCCAGACCGAUCUCCCUCCUCCCUCGCCAUCUCCAGCGGCUGCGCCACCGCCGCCAUGGAGCUCCACCCGCGUCCUUCUCAUCUUCCUCCUCUGCGGGGAGGAGGCCGAAGAAGAAGAUUUACCACCGGGAACCAGACCUCGACAAGGUCAUGGAUCUGCAGAAGAAGCCCGCCCUCAUUCUCCGCCUCAGAGAGCUCAUCGUCGGCCGCCGCCAUGGCAGCCCGCUCCUCCUCCGGGACCUUGAGAAGGAGGUGGGCUUUGUCCAGAAAUGGGAUUUCAUCUCCCUUAUCCAGAAGCAGCCCUCCAUCUUCCGCGUUGCCGGCGGCGUCGGCGCCGCCGUCUCCGUCCGGCUGACGGAGAGGGCAGAGCGGGCAUCCGCCGGAGAAGCCGAAGCGAGGGCUCUCAUGGAACCCAUCCUGGUAACAGCUCUGAGGAAGCUCCUGAUGAUGUCUAUGGACUGCCAGGUCCCCAUGGCGAAGAUCGAGCUGAUCCAGUCGGAGCUGGGCCUUCCAUCUGACUUUCAGAGAUCCCUCAUCCCCAAAUACCCGUCCUUGUUCUCCGUCAGGGAGAUCAACGGAGCGGGCUUCCUUUGCCUGGAGAGCUGGGACUCCUCCCUCGCCGUCACCAACAGGGAGGAGAAGCUGGCACACGGCGGAGCAGUGGCGGCGCCGCUGCCCAAGAGGGCGAUACCCAGAGACGGCAACUACCCGGGUCCCUUCUCCUUCAAGCUCGCCUACCCACCGGGCUUCAGACCCAACAAGGGCUACUUGGAGGAGGUGGUGAAAUGGCAGAAGUUGCCAUUCCCUUCACCAUAUCUCAAUGGGCGGAGCUUCGACCCGGCGGCGCCGCCGGCGAGGAAGAGGGCGGUGGCGGUGCUGCACGAGCUUCUGAGCUUGACGAUGGAGAAGAGGAUGAACUCCGAGAAGCUGGACGCCUUCCACGACGAGUACCAGCUGCCCUGCAAGCUGCUACUGUGCCUGGUGAAGAACCAUGGCAUCUUCUACAUCACCAACAAGGGCGCACGCAGCACUGUCUUCCUCAAGGAGGCCUACCAGGGGCGCCAUUUGAGGGAGAAAUGCCCUCUGUUGAGCUUCUACGACAGGUUCCUCGCCCUCAGCGGAAGAUCGUACCUUGAAUCGCCUGACAUUAACCCAAUUUAG